AUGGCGGCGGCGAUCGCGGCCUCAUUUGCCGCCGGUGGUGAGGAGGCGGCGGCCACGACCUUCGUCCCAGGGUCCCCGGGUCUGCCCGGGAGCCGCAGUGCAGAGCGGGCCCUCGAGGAGGCCGUGGCUACCGGGACCCUGAACCUGUCUAACCGGCGCUUGAAGCACUUCCCCCGGGGCGCGGCCCGCAGCUACGACCUGUCAGACAUCACCCAGGCCGACCUGUCCCGGAACCGGUUCCCCGAGGUGCCAGAGGCAGCAUGCCAGCUGGUGUCCCUGGAGGGCCUGAGCCUCUACCACAAUUGCCUGAGAUGCCUGAACCCAGCUUUGGGGAAUCUCACAGCCCUCACCUACCUCAACCUCAGCCGAAACCAGCUGUCAUCGCUGCCGCCCUACAUCUGCCAGCUGCCCCUGCGGGUUCUCAUUGUCAGCAACAACAAACUGGGGGCCCUGCCCCCCGACAUCAGCACCUUGGGAAGCCUUCGGCAGCUUGAUGUGAGCAGCAAUGAGCUGCAGUCCCUCCCCGCCGAGCUGUGCAGCCUCUCUUCCUUGCGGGAUCUCAACGUUCGGAGGAACCAGCUCAGCACCCUGCCUGAGGAGCUGGGGGACCUUCCUCUUGUCCGCCUGGAUUUCUCCUGUAACCGCAUCUCCCGAAUCCCGGUCUCCUUCUGCCGCCUCAGGCACCUGCAGGUCAUUCUGCUGGACAGCAACCCCCUGCAAAGCCCGCCUGCCCAGAUCUGCCUGAAGGGGAAACUUCACAUCUUCAAAUAUUUGUCAACAGAGGCUGGGCGGCGUGGGGGCGCUGCACUGGGGGACCUGGCCCCUUCCCGCCCCCCGAGUUUCAGCCCCUGCCCAGCUGAGGACUUAUUUCCGGGACGUCGGUACGAUGGCGGGCUGGACUCAGGCUUCCACAGUGUGGACAGUGGCAGCAAGAGGUGGUCUGGAAAUGAGUCAACUGAUGACUUCUCGGAGUUGUCGUUCCGGAUAUCGGAGCUGGCCCGGGAGCCUCGGGGGCCUAGGGAGCGGAAGGAGGAUGGCUGCGCUGAUGGAGACCCUGAGCAGAUUGACUUCAUUGACAGCCACGUGCCGGGGGAGGAUGAAGAGCGAGGGGCGGCCAAGGAGCAGCAGCCGCCAGAAGUAAGCCCUGUAGCAGGGGACAGGGAGAGGGCGCCAAGCAGCAGGCGGGAGGAACUGUCUGGAGAGGAACGGCGCCGCCCGGACACUUUGCAGCUGUGGCAGGAGCGUGAGCGGAAGCAGCAGCAGCAGCAGCAGCAGAGUGGAGUGUGGGGUGCCCUCAGGAAGGACAGUUUUCAGAAGCUGGGGGUCAGGGCUCCUGGUGGAGGAGCUACAGCCUUGUCCACUCAGGCCACAUACAACGGCAUGCCCAAGUCCAGUGCCACCCAACUGGGAGCUUCAGGGGGACAGGCAGCUCCUGUCUCAGCCCCCGCCUCUCAGGAGCCUCUUCCUACAAGUGGACCAGUGACAGCACCUGCUCCUCGGCCACUUGGCUCCAUCCAGAGACCAAAUAGCUUCCUCUUCCGUUCUUCCUCUCAGAGCGGCUCAGGUCCUUCCUCACCAGACUCUGUUCUGAGACCUCGGCGACCCCCCCAGCUUCUGGACGAGAAGGAGCUGAUGGCUCAGUUGCGCCAGGUCCUUGAGUCGCGGCUGCAGCGGCCUCUUCCUGAGGACCUGGCAGAAGCUCUGGCCAACGGCGUCAUCCUCUGUCAGCUGGCCAACCAGCUGAGGCCCCGCUCCGUGCCCUUCAUUCAUGUGCCCUCACCUGCUGUGCCAAAACUCAGUACCCUCAAGUCUCGGAAGAAUGUGGAGAGUUUCUUAGAAGCCUGUCGAAAAAUGGGGGUUCCUGAGGAGUCCCUGUGCCAGCCCCACCACAUCUUGGAAGAGGAGGGGGCCCCAGGAAGGGGCCUCCCCUACAUCGCUGCUGUCGUCCAUGCACUGCUGGAGCAGUGUUAG